UUUACCAUUCGUAUGCCACGGAGAUCGUGCAGAGAAAUCCAGUCGAUGUCGAGUGAGAAGAUGCCAUCAGGUUACUAUGACCUACUAACGGAUCAGGGAACUGAGAUUGAAGUUCGCAAGGUUUACUGUGAUAUGGAUCACUACGGUGGUGGUUGGACAAGAAUUGCCUACAUCAACCCCACGCAGCAGGACAGUUGUCCUGGUAACAUGUCAUUGCAAAACCUUCAAGUCAAGCUGUGCACUAGACAAGCCAGCACUGGUGCUGCAUGCCAUGGUGCAACAUUCCAGUCACCCAUUGGACCAUACCGUGAAGUGAUGGGAUUUGUAACUGGGUACCGGGAUAAAGCCAUGGACACAUUCUAUGCGGGAAAUUCUCAUAAUGUUCCAUUGAAUAACUGGUACGUGGAUGGUGUCUCCAUCACACAUGGUUCUCCUAUGCGUCACUUAUGGACAUACACAGCUGGUUUUAACGAUUAUGGCGCCAUAUUUCACUGUCCAUGCAGUCCCCGGCCCGGUGCACAACCUCCAUCCUUUGUUGGUAGCCACUACUAUUGCGCUGACCAUGGAACUGCCUUUAGACGUUGGACAUUCACUCCAGCCACACAUGCAUGGAGCAACACCAGUCAAUGUACUGCUGGUGGUACAUGUUGUGACAACACCGAUAUGCCAUGGUUUCAUCGUCAACUCGACACUAGUAGCUCUGAUGAAGUUCAAAUACGCAUUUGCACAGAUCAGGUCAUCACCGAAGAAAAUGUUGGCAUUGAUGAAGCCGCUAUCUAUGUAAAAUAAAUUCGUUCAUUCGUUCUCGGAUAAAGGUGGAAUCAUUGGCAGCCAAUGUAGGCUGUUUUAACGGCAAAUCCUCAGCAGCACUCUUUCUGUUGUCUUCUAGUGGUCACGGUUCACUUCUGCAAGUGAACAGUGUUAGUUAGAUAAUCCGUUCCUUCAUUCACCCCACGUCAUUUCUCUGUUUUUGUUCUCAAUCCACCUUCUUAAUACAUGUACAUCUCAUAUUGGAUAUUUUUAUACUUCUCAAAUAAUCGGCGAGCAGACAAAUUAAGAAUGAAAAUAUGAGCUCGCUCAUCAGAAGUCACGUCACAAGGCAACAGUCGAUAUAAACUGCAAACUUUCCUGAUGAAUGCCACACAUUUGAAUCAUACCUUGUCACUGCUGACGAGCACAUUCAAUUUUUACAUCUUUUUCCUUUACCUGUCUGUCUCCUCAUAGCUGCUGAUAUCACUCGCAUCACUCAAUCUUUCACCGCCACCUUGUCCCUUCUUGUGCUUUGUUAUCCUGUAUGUGUGUAAGAUCCUUGAUCACCACCAGUACCACAGCAUUUUCUUUCUCCACUUCUUGCCUUUAUCAGCUGCGUUCAGAAACCGUGCAGAGUCUUCCGUUUUCAAAAGAUGCAACAGCUGUUACACCUUCUAGAAAACACUUCGGUUCUAGAGGCACUGCCUUCAGAAGAUGCCUGUCGAUUACGAUUUAAAAGCAUUUUCCUGGGAAGUCUAGUCACCGGAAUUAAGUGGCCAGCACAAUUUUGAGAGAUACUUGGAUGAUCUGGA